CCAGUGGCUUUACAGAAGACAGGAAGCCCCUCCAGAUGAAGCUGGCAGAUAUCAGGGAAAAGAAGAGGCAAAAAGGAGGCUCCCGUUCCCUCCAGGAGGUUCAGGGCUGUGAGAUCCAGGAAGACACCACCAGGGUCUUCAGGCGCUUCUUCUAUAAUGGGGAGCCCUUCCUCUUCUAUAACGAGACGACCCAUGAAUGGGAAGCACCCCAGUCCUCAAUUCUUCUCUUGGCUAUGGAAGUCAAGAAAUCCUGGGACACAGAUAGGAUUGGAAACCAGAAUUCCUGGGCCCUUGUGCAAGGUGAUGUUUGUGGAAAACUGCGGAGAUAUCGGGACUCCUGGAUGACCAUCAUGAAGAGGACAGCUGUGAAUGCAACCUGCAGCCAGGCCUCAGAGGGCGUGGUCAACGUGACAUGCCGGGCAUCUGGCUUCUCUCCUUGGAAUAUCUCACUGGUCUGGCUUCAGGACCAUGAGCCCAUGAGCCUGGAUGCCCAGCUGCCUGGAGGUGUCCUGCAUGAUGAGAACGGGACCUACUGGGCCUGGAUGACUCUAAGGAUUCCCCAAGGAGUGGAGCAGAGGGUCACCUGCUCUGUGGAAAACAACUGGAAUUCCACUGUGACUUGUGGAAACGUGCAGGUGCUUCAGCGUCCACAGCCAGCUGUGUACCUGGAUGACAGCAGCAACAUUGCCAUCCCUGUUGCUGGUGUCCUUGUCUCUGUUGUCCUUGUUGCUGCUGUCCUUUAUAUCUUCCGGGUCAGGGAGACAUCAGCUGGGGAGAGUCCAGGCCGGUUUGCCUGCAGCCAAGUGGUGACAAGGGACCUUCAAGUUGCGGAGCCUCAGGGCUCUCAGCUUCUGUUAGCAGCGCCUGGGUCCAGGGACUCAACUACAGGCGCUUAGCAUCUGCACAUUGGGCCUGGACUCACUGCCUGCGCUCCUUUUACCAGCACUUUCUCUUUUGGUGGCCCCCUUUUCUCAUCUGUGAAAUUGCAAAAGAGUAUUUUUCUCUUGUAAUAUGAUAUCGUUAUGGGAUGAAAAUGAAUAUAUGUGAAGUGGUUUUGUUAUAGGGCAUUUCCUGGGGACCACCCUGCUACAGUUCAAUCUUUGCCACAUUUAAGUAUUAUUAUUUCUUUUAUUAUGUUGCUGUAAUAUACUCUCAUCCCACUACUGUGCAAUUACAUGUGAUGAUUGAGCUA